CUGCAGUGAGAUUGAGGGGAAGGCGCAGCGCCGGCUAUUUAUACAUGUGAGCGCGUCGGUCCCUCCCCCAGUAGCGUCGCAUUUUACCGGCGCAUCCGUUUCAGCGAGUCACACAGCAAUGCCUUCCCCAAUCCCCGUGGAGCGUUUCCUGCCGCGGGACCUGUCCCCGUCCAUAGACCUGAGGCCGUGCAGCAGUCCGCUGGAGCUGAGUCAUCGCAAGUUACCGGGCGGUCUCCCCGCCUGUAGCGGCCGCCGCCGCCUCCUCCCUCCCCGCUUGGCCUGGUGCAGCAUUGACUGGGAGCAGGUGCUGCUGUUGGAGCCAUUGGGUUCCGGAGGCUUCGGCUCAGUCUACCGGGCCACGUACAGAGGGGAGACGGUGGCGCUGAAGAAGGUAAAACGCUCCACCAAGAACAGUUUGGCUUCCCGGCAGAGCUUCUGGGCCGAACUGAACGCAGCCCGACUCCGGCAUCCGCAUGUGGUGCGAGUAGUGGCCGCCAGCGCCUCCUGCCCCGGGGACCCGGGCUGCCCCGGCACCAUCAUCAUGGAAUACACCGGCACCGGAACCCUCCACCAGCGCAUAUACGGGCGCUCCCCGCCGCUCGGAGCCGAUAUCUGCAUGCGCUAUGCCCGACACGUCGCCGACGGACUGCGCUUCCUGCACCGGGACGGGGUGGUGCACCUGGAUCUGAAGCCGGCCAAUGUGCUGCUCGCCCCGGGGGACCUGUGUAAGAUCGGCGACUUCGGCUGCUCUCAGAGGCUGCGCGAGGGGGAUGAGGCCGCUGGAGGGGAACCGUGUUGCACCCAACUCCGCCACGUGGGGGGAACCUACACUCACCGAGCCCCGGAGCUGCUCAAGGGAGAGCCCGUCACUGCCAAAGCCGACAUCUACUCGUUCGCUAUCACCCUGUGGCAGAUGGUGAGCCGGGAGCUGCCCUACACCGGGGACCGACAGUGCGUUCUCUAUGCGGUAGUGGCCUAUGAUCUACGGCCGGAGAUAGGCCCGUUGUUCAGUCACACGGAGGAAGGCAGAGCUGCCAGGACCAUUGUGCAGAGCUGCUGGGCUGCGCGACCUCAGGAGAGACCCAAUGCCGAGCAACUGCUGGAGAGACUGGAGCAGGAAUGUGCCAUGUGCACGGGGGGACCUCCGUCCUGCAGCCCUGAAUCUAAUGCACCCCCUCCUCUCGGCACUGGUCUAUAGCGCCCAGAACAGGGAGCCAAUCAGCACUGUGCCACAGGACAUAUAAAGCCAGACCAGCGAUCUCAUCAUUAAUGUGCUGGGGGGACACAUGCCCAGGGCAGCAUCACAGGCUUCCACUCCACUGAAUCCCAGCUCAGUCGUGCACUAGUGAGGGAGCAUCACUCCUUGUCCUAUCCGCUUGCCCAGAUGAUCUGAAAUAGUGGCCAGGAUCUCUUACAUGCCUGGGCCUUGCAAUUUGCCCGGCACUAUCUUCCUUCUUAUCAAUUGAAAACUUUAAAGAUGAGAUGUCAUUGGUCGCUUUUUCCUGUGCCUGAGACAUUUGGUCUGUGAUUUAGACAAUGACAAUAAUGUCAGCGGGGAGAGCUUUGCUUUUGCACGGCCAAACUUUACAUUGCUUUAGCCAUAGAGGGUUUUUGUGUGUGACUUGUGGCACUCUGUAACAUAUAUAUACGUUUUGCACUUUUCAUUGUCUGCUUUCUUUUAAUGUUGGGCUCCAUUUAGUCUACUGGUUUGGAUGGGGUUAAUUCAAUUUCCAUGGGGCAAUUCAUACCAAGUGCACUAUCCUAUGUUCCGUUAUUGUAUUACCCAGCUAAUCUACAAGACCGUACAAAGCAUAUGGCAGAAUUACACUCCAAUCAGAAGUGUGAAUGGGCCUUUUUCAGUGUUUUAUAUGUAUGUGUUGUUUUAUGUGUGUGUGUGUGUGUGCUCUUCUCUCCUGCACAAUGUGUUAUGUUGAUCCAUGUAGGAAAUAAGAUCACAAAGCAGUCAUUGCGUAUAGUUCUGUACUUCUGUUUUCUUAUCCCCCUCUUGUUCCCUUAGUUACUUGUAAGUUCAAGUGCAGUCAUAGGUGGUAGUAGUGGAUUGUGGUAUUUGUCAUUUAGAGGGAGCAAAGCUUUAUUAUUCAAGGCUAUACGCAGGGAUCAGCAGCCUUUGGCCAUUGCAGAAGGAAACACCCAGAAGGCAACAGAUAAGUGAUGCAGAGAAUCACAGUUCCACAGCAACCUGGAGACUGCUUGUUCCACGUAUAAGGCUUAUAUUUUUCUCGGGUAACAAAUGCACACUCUUGCUAAUCUAGUACAGUAUCUCAAUGUCCAUUAAUUUAUAUUAAAACUCCUUCGUCCAUAGUGUCAUUCUCUGAUCGGUAGAUCGGAUUAAUGUCCCUACAUGUUAUAGUAGAAGUACAGUCCGCAAAAUAGAUGUUGUGCCCAGUAAUUUAACUAUUGAACCCACUGUGUCCACCAGUCUGGUUUGUAGCCGUCUGUUCCCUUGUGCAAAAAAAUAAAUCUUUAUGGUAGAAAUACAUAAAUAAGUUUGAAUUAAGCCAACACUGUGAAAUGUAGAACAUCACAAAUGCCCUCCCCCUUCCACUUUAGAAUGUAAUGUAGUGUCUUUACUCUUUAAAACAGUGAUGCAGAUAUAUACUGCAAACAUCUCUGGCAGUCACACGGUUAAACAUCAGCUGUGCAAACUGCAUUUUCCUGCUGUCUUAAUUAAUUCCAACACCUGGGGAUUUCAUAAAUUGCUUCUGUUGGGGGAACUGUCUUGGGACAGCUUGUGUCCUCUGCACAUUGGCCCCAGCAUAAGUCUCUCUGGAGCAGGGAGUGCAACCUGAAUACAGCAAUGUCCCUGGGGAAUGACUAGUAGCCAGGAGUUCAUAUGUGACUUCAGUGGUUGCCAAACACACAGGGCUAUAUUCUCUAAACCAGGGUGUCCAGCCUGUGGCUGUAUAGUUUUCGAAUGGACUUUAGCAGCUGGCAUGUUCAGUCUUCCUUUGAUAGGAUGCUGGGAGUUGUGGGUUUGUGUGAAUGACUGCCUUUACUGUUGCUUUAUAGCACUGAAAAUACAAGCAAGGAUAUGAAAAAAAGAUUUCAUUUUAAAAAAUGUGUUGCAUUGCUGUUUAAGUGGUAAUAUUCCAUAUGUGAAUAUAUAGUUUUAUAAUAAAGAAAUUGAUUUGUCU